AUGAUUGAAAUCACAAGUCUGGACGAUGACGAGGACGAGGACGAUGAAUAUGAUGACGAGGACGAUGACGAUGAUGAGGACGAGGACGAUGACGAUGAUGAGGACGAGGACGAUGACGAUGAUGAGGACGAUGACGAGGACGAGGACGAUGACGAGAACGAUGACGAGGACGAGAACGAUGACGAGGACGAGAACAAUGAUGAGGACGAGAACGAUGACGAGGACGAGAACGAUGACGAGGACGAGAACAAUGAUGAGGACGAGAACGAUGACGAGGAUGAUGACGCUGACGGUGAUGAGGACGAUAACGAUGACGAUGACGAUGACGAUGAAGACGACGAGGACGAGGACGAGGACGACGAAUACGAUGACAAAGACGAUGAAUAUGAUGACAAGUACGAGGACAAAAAAUAA